AUGAGGUGCGAAACUUCAGGACAUACUUUGGCAUGCAUAGGAUCGCCAGCUCGAGUGCUGAAUGAGCCACACCUGGAAAGUUAUUUUGUGGUAUGGUUGCGAUUUCAACUGACGCUAUCUGUCGUGAACUGCACCUUAAAUCACCCUUUCAUGAUACACAUCAAAACAGUACGACUCAAGCAGAAGAUUCCUUUGACCUUCUUACAAAAGUCUUAUGAGUUCUCUUUGAUACAUGCCAAUUGGGUCGUCAGGCUACUCAAUCAUAUGGAUGAAGCCAGAUUGAUGCUUCACGACCCCUUUCUUGGUCACUUGGUCGCAAUUGCAGCAUCGAUACACCUGGAACAUACCAAGAGCCAGUAUCCAACUGUAGCUGCGUCUGCGAAACAGAAAUUCGAAAAAUGCUCGGACUUUGUGAAAAGACUCUCGCAAGAGUGGCCGCGAAUGCAAGUCACUGCUUCCCUUCUCGAGCAGCUGAAGGCACGAAUCCCUUAUCGUUCAAUUUUAAACUAUGUUGAGGAAGAAUACGACGGUGCAGCCCCACCCGAAGGAGCCAACCAAGUACACCUUGAGGAAGAAGACUUGCUAUUGCUAUGGAGGUUGUUCGACUACGCAUUGACAUCGCCUAAGUCAAACUCAGAGUGUGAUUUUGACGAGGAGUCUAAUACCGCUAUGCACAGCGUACCACCGCUCUUCAACGCUUCGUCGAAUGUUGCAAAUAAUCAAUUGUCUAUCAAUCCGAGUCCGAGUUCAUCUGCUGGUAUGUUGAUUCAGACAACCAGCGCAGGACUGGAAGACAUUGCAUUUCAGGCGUACGGUGACACAUCUGUAUCCGGCGGAACUGCGUUCAACUACUUUCCUGACGAUAUCGAUUCACUUCAUCCGCGAUAG